CUGAGACUUCCCUCUAGAAUCAUCCAAAAUGGAGCCUCUUACAGCGUACCCUUUAAGAUGUUCAGGGUCGAAAGCAAAGGUAUUUGCAGUUUUACUGUCUAUGGUUCUAUGCACAGUAAUGCUAUUUCUUCUACAACUAAAAUUCCUAAAACCUAAAAUCAACAGCUUUUAUACCUUUGAAGUGAAAGAUGCAAAAGGAAGAACAGUUUCUCUGGAAAAGUUUAAAGGCAAAGUUGCGCUAGUUGUAAACGUGGCUAGUGACUGCCAACUCACAGACAGAAAUUACUUAGCACUGCAGGAACUGCACAAAGAGUUUGGACCAUUUCACUUCAGCGUCUUGGCCUUUCCAUGCAAUCAGUUCGGAGAAUCGGAGCCCCGCCCAAGCAAGGAAGUAGUAUCUUUUGCAAGAAAUAACUACGGAGUGACAUUCCCCAUCUUCCACAAGAUUAAGAUCCUAGGAUCUGAAGCAGACCCUGCAUUUAGAUUUCUUGUUGAUUCUUCAAAGAAGGAACCGAGGUGGAAUUUCUGGAAGUAUCUGGUCAACCCUGAGGGCCAAGUUGUGAAGUCCUGGAGGCCAGAGGAACCCAUUGAAGUCAUCAGGCCUGAGAUAGCAGCUCUGAUUAGACAAAUGAUCAUAAGAAAGAAAGAGGACCUGUGAACAUGGCAGCCAUACUUCCAACAAAUACCUUCUUUAGGAAGAAUUAUCUUGUUCAAGAUCAGAAUUAAGAGAACUAAAGCAAGCACCAGACGCUCACCCUGGGAGAACCUGGACUUCUCUUCUGCUUCAGGUCUUUGGCGAGCACCCGCAUGACAUUCUCCUUCGAAAAUAUAAAAAACAUAUGGAGAGAAAAACUAUUUUUAUUUUUAUUUUUUUAAGAUUUUUUAAAUUUAUUUAUUUGACAGAAAGAGACACAUCGAGAGAGGGAACACAAGCAGGGGGAGUGGGAGAGGGAGAAGCAGGCCUCCUGCGGAGGAGGGAGCCUGAUGUGGGAUUCGAUCCCAGGGCCCUGGGAUCAUGACCUGAACCAAAGGCAGCCGCUUAACGACUGAGCCACCCAGGCGCCCCGAGAAAAACUAUUUUUAAAAAUCAUAAUGUUACGUGGAAUGUUUCUAGGUCCUCAGCUUGUCCAACUGCAUUUACUCUUUUUCUUUAGCAAGCAGGCACCUCCAGAAUACAACUAAAUUACACAUCUCAAAAUGCAGCAUCAGGGUUUAGAGUUUUGUGCUACAUCUUGGUCCUAGCGCCUUCGACGAGAAACCCCUGGGAAACAAAAGGACGUCACUCACCCACAUCAUCUCUUCUUCUGUCCGGACCCUCCUCCGGGCGGUGCGCUCCAGUUUCCACUCCAUCUCCGGAGGACUUCCCGCUACCUGGAGAUUGGCCUCCCCUCGAUCGGCUCUGGUUUUCCCCUCAGGUCUAAGCCGAUCUUGACGCCUAAUCGUCAAACCUCUAGAGUCUCACCCCGCCCCCCCCCACCAUCAUUUUUCACCCUUAACUUCCAUUUCCCCCAUUCCUCCCACUGCCCCUAGACGGCAUUCCCCAGGGUACUGUUUAAAAAGCCGGCGGGGCGGCAUCCGGAGCGGGAAUCCCCCAGUCCCGCUUCUCAUUGGCCAGCGCUGCGGUGACGUCAGAGGCCGGGAGGGAUUCCCCCCAGCGCGCCCGGCCGCCCGCCUCCACCUCCCGGCUGGCCUCCCCGCCCCGCCGCCCCCUGCUCUUUGUCCGCGGAGGCGCGCACAGAAGCGCCAAGCUUUGCCGCGAGCAGUGGCGGGCCGGAUCUGGGCCAGGCGCCGAGGGCUGUCGCACCAGCAAGAGAUGAGAGGGUUGGCGGGCGAAGAAGCGGGUUCUGUGAGUUCACGUUUUUUCCAUUUUCAAGGCGGGGGGAGGGGGGAAGCUUCGUUCGUUAUAACGGGGCCUACUCUCCAUUGGUAAUGUUCACCGUUUGUGUAAACCACUGAUUUUAGACGUGUUCCCCCAAUGUGUUCAUCAGCUCUUGCUCCAUUUUUCAAAUAGGCAGGAAAACGUGGCCAGAUUUCUGUGCUAAUGAGAAGGGGGAGCGAUCACAUUGAUUCAGUAAGUUCCUCUCCGCUGUAGCCAUUUGAAAGUGGUCAGGUUCUCCCGCUUGAGCUUCCGAGCUAUCUUCCCCAACAAGAGGUUAGUGAGCGAGAUGAAAGAGUCAGUGAGCGCUGGUGACAGGGAGCACCUCAGGAGGAGUGCAGAGCCAGCAGGAAAGCUGAGCAGACUGGGGGCUAAGUCAUAAAGGAGAGGAUGAUAUUGGGGGUUAAGGGAGGGAGUUAAAGGGAAAUGACAAGGAGCCAGAUGGGCUGUUCAGCCUUAGCAGCCCCACCUGAGCUGCCACGGGAGGCUGGCUGUGCCAUAUGGCAGGAGGGCAAACUCUCUGGGAAACCUCUGAAAGACUGGCAACCAGCUUUUCCCUCCCAGUAACCUCCUCCCUCCCUUCCCCCAUUUGACACUGGAUUGUUUUUGCUUUAAUGCAACAUGUGGGUUUGGGCAUUUUCCUGGUGAAAGAAUUCGUAGACAUCAGAUACUCAAAAGGGUCAAUGAUUUAAAAAAAAAAAAAAAAAAACUAACUAACUAAACUCACUCUCCUGUUUCCUUCUUACUGAAAGCAAAGAAAAUUGACAUCAAGGCUGAGACCCAAUCUUGAACCAGUUUUCCAUCUGCAGUGAUAAAGGUUAGGGAAAAUGCUGCACAGGGUAACAAAUGAGAUUUAUCAAAAUGCUUGAUAGCCAAAAAACCCAUGGAUUGAAAGAUCUGUAAGUUUUGGGGCGCCUGGGUGGCUCAGUCGUUAAGCGUCUGCCUUCAGCUCAGGUCAUGAUCCCAGGGUUCUGGGAUCGAGCCCCGCAUCGAGCCCCGCAUCGAGCCCCGCAUCGAGCUCCCUGCUCGGCGGGAAGCCUGCUUCUCCCUCUCCCACUCCCCCUGCUUGUGUUCCCUCUCUUGCUGUCUUUCUCUGUCAGAUAAAUAAAUAAAAUCUUUAAAAAAAAAAAAAAGAAAGAAAGAAAGAUCUGUAAGUUUCACCCACAAGAAUUUUACCUUCCUUGUAGUGCAUUCAAUUUCCAGUAAAUCCUUUCAGCAAACAUUGAGGCUAAAUAACGUGAAAUAUUGGCUGAGAGUCAAAUGUAUUGUUAAUUUAAAGAUCAAUUUUGCAAAUGCCAGCUAAAAUUAGCAGCAUAUUGGAAAUAAUAUGGAAGACUUUUUGUUCUACUUCUAAGUAUCAUUUUACAUGUGCCAUUUAUGAGAAUGGGCACAAACACAGAAGUAAUAAAAACCAAUUCAAUUAAUGAACUUGGAAACCCAUGUAAACUGUGAUUUUAGAAUUCAUCUCCCUACAAGUACUAAGAAUAGGUGAAAUACUCUUUUCGAAUUUAAUUAUCUGUAAUACACUCAUAAAUUCCGUUUUAGCUGCUAAUUCCAUAGCAUAUCACACCGCCUCCAAAUGCCUUUUUUUCCCUAGGUUAAAACAGAAAAGUGAAAGCCAACUAUUGUCUUUUUAAAAGUUAUUGUGCAUUUAAAUAUCCAUAUUGAAAUUUAACAGGAAUGAAGGAAAUAGAAAAAUCACCAUUGGCAAACGGUUGCAGUCAAGGAUCAUGAAUAGUAAAACUGGUGUACAUAUGAUGAGGGUGUUUGCCUCCUAUGAUCCAAUACAAAAAGGAAAAUCACAACUUUUCAUUGGACAAACCUGGCAGCCACCACCUCAACCAAGUAAUAAAUUAACCUCACCAUUAAUGACAUAUUGACAUCCUGUGCCUCCUGAUAUGAUGCACUGGGAAGGGCACAACAUAAAU